AUGGAUCGUAAUACAUUAUGUGCCCAAGAAAGGUGUAAUAUUUUAGUGCAAGUUGUUCUGUCAAGCACGAAAAUUAUUGAAAAAUCAGAUGACUAUGAAGGUUUUCGGUCAAUAUUAAGAGAUGGUCUUUUUUUGAGUAAAGGUGACAAAUGGCGUACACGGCGAAAACUGUUGACACCAACUUUUCAUUUAAAAAUCCUCCAUGAUUUUACCCCCGUGCUACAGGAAACAGCCAAAAAUUUUGUCGCUGAUCUGCAGACAGUGACUAACGAGUCAUGGGUAGAUAUAUUUCUCAUCAUGAAAACAUGUAGCUUGAAUAUGCUUUUGAGGACUACACUUGGUUUUGAUGUCGAUGUAAAAAAUAAAGAGGCCGUAGAAUGCUUAAAAGCAUCGGACGACUAUACUACCUGCUUGUCUGCACGCCUCGCUAGACCCUGGUUGUUCUCAGAUAAAAUUUUUAAAUUUACGGCACUGUGCAAGAGAAUGGAAUCAUGCUCCAAUCUUGCUCACAACUUCUUAAGAAAGGUAAUAAAACUUAAAAAGCAAAAUAUGAUCCAUUCUGGCCAACUGAAUUCAAAAAAUGGCGUUAAACUCAAUGGUUACACACAUUUUUCUAAUGGUGUGACCACAGAAAAUGGAAACUACCUCUUCUUGAAGUCUAAAAAUAAAGCUUUUUUGGAUUUAUUGUUAGAGCAUCAUUUCCAAGAUAAUUCACUUACAGAAGAAGAUAUAUUAGAUGAAACUCUUAGCUUUUUUGCAGCAGGUGCCGAGACUUUAGGUUCCGCUAUCAGCUACGUUCUAUAUUCCAUAGGUCUACACGAAGAGGUGCAGACAAAAUUACAUGAAGAACAAGACAAAAUAUUUGGAAAUACUGACAGAGACUUGGUCGAAGAAGACAUCAAACGGAUGGAAUAUCUCGAUUGCGUAAUUAAAGAAGGUCUCCGACUCUAUAGUGCUUCAUUUGUUUCGAGACGAGCUACCGAAGACUUUAAAGUGUUUGACUACACAAUUCAGAAAGGAAGCAUCGUUGUAAUUUUUAACUAUGUAAUACAUAGAGAUCCACGUUACUAUCCCAAUCCUGAAAAGUUUGAUCCUUCGAGAUUUUUUCCUGAAAACUGCAUCGGGAGACAUCCUUUUGCUUAUCUACCAUUUUCUGCUGGACCGAGGAACUGCAUAGGUCAAAAAUUUACUCUCUUGGAAAUGAAAACUGUUUGCUCUGCCAUUCUCAGAAAGUAUCAUCUAACUUCCAUCGACAACACAGAUGAACUUUACAAAAUUUCUAAUUUAACUAAUUUGACCAAUGUUCCAGUGCGUCUCAAGUUUAAACUACGAAAUAAUACUUAAUAGAGAAAAUAAUUUCGUAGUUUUUGUUGAGUAAUUUAAUUGCAGUGCUUGGGAGAUCCUGUUUUGAGGUUUCACAAUGUCUUAAGGACAUAAUAUUAAAAAAAAUGUACUUAAAAUAAUACAAAAUUCACUCGAAAAUAUGAAUUUGUUUUGAAAUUUGACAAAAACUGAUAUUAAAUAACUUUCAUGGAAUGAUUAUACUUCCGAUAUAAGAAGUGAUCUUUCCUAAAAUAUUAAUUAACAGAUUUUGAAAGAACGUAGCUAGUUUUAAUGUUUCGAGAAACUUAGUAUGUUUUUUUUAAAUACAUAACGUACUUAUAGAAAAAGCAACUAAUACUUUAAAAACCGCAUAUUGCCUGAUUGUCCUACAAAGCAACACAUUUUGCCAGUUUAAAGGGGGAAGAAGAACAAUUUCACAGUGAAUUUUGUGACAAAAUACCAGCAACAUUUUGAUUUUUAGAUGGAUUACAAAUGAUUGAAGCCAUAUUGACAAACUAAAAGUGUUUCAUGGCAACAGUCUAAAUUUUGUACAAGUGCAAUGUUUAUUACACGUCUAAUAAAAUGUGGGCAAUGAAUAUUGAAAGAUACGAGUUGAAAGUUACACCAAAAAUGACAAUGUGUAUUUUGUGUCAACUUUGAUCAUUUUUAAGAAAUUGCUUUGAAAUAACAGUGAAAUAAAAAUGUAAAAGUUUUAGCGUC